CGACAGUAUAUUGUGAUUUGUAUUAUUGCCAUGCCCAUUAUUACUAUCCUUCGCUCCUUCCCUUAACAAGCUUCUCUUUCCUCUGCCUCUUCCUUCCUCCCUCUUUUCCCUUCCAGCCUUCCUUUGGUCCUCCAUCACUGCCUCUCCAUAAAUCCCCGGUCAUCAUAACGUUACCCCUCCCUCAUUGACGACAUAUCCACCGCAUCCCGCAUCUCCCCGCCGAUUUCCCUUCCCGACUCUCAGUGCUCCUCCGCAUCCAUCUCCUCCACCCUUUCGUCCUUCGAGCCGAAAAGGGAAAAGAAGAAUCCACUGGGAGAAUUAAAAAAGAAAGAAGAAGAGAAAUUCCGAAUAUUCGCUUUGAAUUGCUUGUCUGGUGCUAUCCUCUGUUGGUUGUCCUACGGCAGAGUUCACCCAGUCAACCCGUCUACCAAACUACGAAAAUCGAAAGCAUUGAGGACAGCUGAAGACAGCUGAGGCGCCAGUCCAUUCAUCCAGUCGGUCGUCUUCUGCACAGUCUGCGAAGACGAGUCUCGAAACACUCUCCUCGACCUUGUGGCGCUGCCCAGAAACAACGUUGCAGUCGAACCAUCACAUUCGCGCCGUACGACCACGAUCGGGGAAGACGGCGGCCCCGGACCCAAGCCAGGCAUUUGCUUCUGACCCUUGUACAUUCGAAAGUGUGGCUUUACUCGACGAUCAGGAAAUGCCUUCACGGUUAGCGACGCCGGUGCUGACCGUGGACCCGGCUAAGAUCCAGCAAGUGGACACCGCGAACACUCAGAGUCUUCAUGGAAUGUGGCUGGUCUUUUCAAAAUGCGCUUCCUACAUUGAGGAAGGCCGUCGACUAGAAAACCUUAGUUGGCGGCUAUGGACGCGCGAGACCUUCUGCGUGGAACCGCAAAGCUCGUGCGACACCUCCGUUCUGCCAUUACUGCGCUCAGAAUCCAGCGACCCCCCUGAGCUGUCCGCCAGCGUCGAUUCCGCUGCAUCUGACCAGGCAGAGACGAUAGAGGCUCACAUUAAACGCCCUAGGUUCCCUGACUACCGACCGAGUCUAGUCCGCGAUGACUCCCUCCUCAACUGGGGCAAGGAGAAACAUAUCACCUCUUCGGGUUUGGAGCGCAUGGUUCUGAACAUCAAGGAAAAGAAGCAUCUGGAACCUCUGUCUUCGCCGCCUCUAACCACAAUCGCGCCUCCCGCUAUCACGAGCCCUAAACCCACCACACCCACUGCCUCUCCCCCAUCGACGGCCACCGAAAGUUCUAAGACACCGACAUGUCCCGCUGCCGCCACCGCACAGCCACAGCGGUUAGUAGAGUCGUGCUCGACUACGGCUCCGGAGAGCGAAGCAGCCGAGGUAGCGCCAUCGGAUACGAGUGUGUCUUCAUGUGGGGUGCCCCCCUCCCGGUCUGGUCUGUUCAAAUCCCCCAGCGUCGUGCGUGGCUUCUCCCCGUCUCAAGUGUCGUCUUCCUACCGGUCGCAACCCAGACUUGCUCCUGAACCUCGUCCCGCUGAAGCAGCCACUCUCCCCAAGCCGUCGCCCAUGAAGAUGAAGAAGGGCAUGUUUACUUUGGGUGGAUCUUCGGGUGAUGAUGAUGAGAGUUCGUUCGAAGACCGUAUGGCCGUUCAUAACAACUACCGCAAGAGUUCUCUCUCCCAAGAACUGGGCAAGUCUGCACCACGCAAGUCCAUUACACCCUUGAAGACGGCUUCGUUUCGGGAUCAAGUGAUCAAGGAAAGAGCGGGAGAGGAUGAGGAUGCCAUUGUGACCGAUGAUGAUAUCUCCGAAAGUGCAAUUGAGGACGAUGAAGACUCGGACUGGGAGGAUUCCGUGACAGAAAGUGGCCGAUCGAGCGUGGAGGACAGAGACCUCUUCCAGCGCGUGGAUUCCCGUCCUAAUCUCGUGUCACGGCGCUCCCUUCUCACCAUGAUGAUGCAUCAGCCCGCCAAAAUGCAGAUGCAGAUGAACCCCUCCCGAUCCAGCUCGGCACUCCAACGCGCGCGACUCAACGGCCCGUCCGUACCUGUCUCGCCUCCAGAAGACGACGACGAGGAGGAGGAGGAUAGUCUUACGAUGCGCGGCCCGGAUGUUCCGAGGUCGAAGCCGAUUAUCGUGAGACCAAUGCCUACGCAACCCGUUGCCCACUCCCCACGUACUACACGGAGAAACAUGCUGGCUACGGAGUUGACCGAGUCCCUCCGACGGCACCUGUUGUGGGAACGCCAGCAGAAGAGCGCGACGGCGAAUGCGUUCUUGAAAAGGCGCCACACGGCACAUGAUGUUGCGAAUCUCAAUGAGUAUCCGGGACCAGGUGGGCAGAACGGGCAAGCAGCAGCGGAUGCUGCCAACCAGGCCAAGGAUAAGGAUGCGUCCAAGAUCGGUUCGUGGAACAACUAUACUGAUUUCGGGCCGUGGGAGUAUCAUGCAAAGGGGUGGUAGGGAGACAGCGCGUCUGCUGUCCGAAGUUGCAUAGCUGGAGCGGAGAUGUACGAUAAUGACGUAUGCAUUCGUUGGCGCAUUUGGGGAAUUUGGCGGCUACUUGGUGCUUAAUACCUCUUCUGCUACAGCGGUUUUUAUUUAUUGUCUGCUUUGUUUCUUGUCUUACUGCAUUGCGCGGUUGUGUGCUUUGUGUUUUUGCUAUGCAAGCCCGUCGAGGUCAGUCGUUGUUCCGGCGUUAUCUUUACACUGUGCGGCCAGUGUUAUUGUUGUUAUUUCCCUUUUCCUGUGUGUGAUGCUGUCCGCAGUGGUAAUAAUGGACACGAACGUGAUGAAGAAGUGCAUUUUUUCCAUUAUUUUUUUUUUUCCUAAUGGGGUUUUGUUGUUUACCUGGGGGUUUUCGGCAUUACCAUAGAUGGAACCUAAAAGUGCUGCAUCGUCGUGUCUGGGGCAUAUUUAUUUUCUGUUCUUGCUAGAUACCACUAUGAUUUUGUUUUUACUAUUAAGAGAAAAAAUCCGAUCCCAUA